AAGCAAAGUCAUUAGUUUGUAGUUUCCAACCCAAUCGAAAACCCGACUCUUUCUUACUCCCCAAGCAAAUCACCUCGCCUCUUUGGUUUCCUCGACCUGUAAAGCAAAUUCAUUAGUUUAAAGUCCAUCGGAGCGCAACCUAUGAUUUGUAUCUUUUUUCUCAAUGGCGAAGCUGAAGAUAGGAGGGACAUGGGGUGGUGUGAUAGAGGUGGUGCUGGAGGAUUGGACCAUGUCGAUGUUGAGGAUAGAGGUGGCAAAGCGGUCAAACUGCAGCCCCGAGUCGAUCAAUUUGAUUUGCGCAGGAAAGGUCUUGAGAGAUGGCGAUGGCACUGAGAGAAGCUGGUCCAACUGGGCGUCAAGAACAACGCUAGGAUUCUCGCCAGUCGGGGCAGCAUCGAGGAGGGAAAGUCCUUGGAGGAGAAGUUGAUGGCCGAGGAGGAACGCUCUCGGAGACUCAGCAGAGUCAAGGCAGCUGCCACAACAUUGGCCAAAAGAUAUGUAGAUGGUUCACUACCAGUUGAAGACUUUAACAUAGAGGUUGAAGAUCAAAGUGGACAGAUUGUACAGUAGGGAUCUGAAACUGAUCAGCAGUAUGGUAAAUAGUUUGUAAUGAUGGGACUGAUGCUUCAGGCAAAUGGAAAGCAACUAAUUAGGAGUGAGAACUACAAAGAUGGAUUAGAAGUGCUCACCAUGGGAGAGGAGGCUUUAUCUCUUUGCAAUCCAAAGGUCAUCGAGUUGAUUGACAAUGUCCCAAUACUGCAAAUGGACAUGGUCUGGUGUUAUUUCAUGCUCCGAGAUAUCAGAUGGCUCUCGGUGGCAGGAGCACUCCUGGAAAAGGCUAGGGAAGGAAUGAACAUGCUCAUGGGAAAGACUACUCAUGUGUUAGACUCCUCCAAGCAGGUCGCCAUCCAGAGCUUGCAAUGUCAGUUUUCAAAUGUAUACUUUCCACUCAUGGCUUUCUCCAGCUUAGACAAAAAACAUAAAAAAUUCUCCCCAUUUUUAUUUGGCAUAACCACAGACUCCUGAUCAUCAUCCUGCCAAGUAAACGGGCCCAACUAUUAGAUCA